AUGGCGAACUCAAGGAUGUGUGCCAAGUACAGGUUCGAGAAACCGAAUGACCGCAGAGCGCUAGAUCUCAUGAACACGGCUGCCAAAGCAGUCAUUGCAGAUCUGCCAGAAAUCACACUGGCCUAUGGCGUCAGCGACGAGUACAGCAAGCUCGUCAGCACGGUCGUAUCUACGUUCACGUCCAACUACGUCUACUCUUGGUCCUCUCACUUCCCGGACACUCCGCUAUCCUUCCCCCUGCCAACGUUCGACGGGCGAGCCGUGGUGUACCCUACCGUCCAGAAUCUGCGUGACUACCUGAGCUGGCGGCAAGCCGACUGUCACAUCAACAAUCUAUACAACACAGCCUUCUGGUCCCUUAUUCAACUCGGCGGUAUGGAAAAUAAGGAGGCAGAGCAGGCCCUCGCUGGCACAUUGGCCGCUGACAAGAACGAGAUCUUAUUCUCAAAAUUCGGCAUCAACUACAACCGCGAACCCGAAAUCUUCAAAAAGGGAAGCGUCAUCUUCCGUGAUUACGAGCUGGUCGAACCCGCGAGUCACAACACGGCGGAGACCGUCGAUGCGCAAGCUGAGCCCGUCCAACAAUCCAAGAAGCAGACGGAAAAUGACAAAAGGCGCCGAUCCAAGGCCGCUAUUAUGGUGGAUCAUUUGGACAUCAUCAAGGAUGAGUUCUGGGACAGGAGACCGUGGAUUUUGUCAAAUAAACCAGGCAAAAUCCCAAAAGAGGUAUAA